AUGGCGGCAGCAGUGGCUUCAAGCGACGCAGGCUUCAUGAUGUCCGACGGCCUCGCCAGGACUCCUAGGCAGAGGUCCUUCCCUCCGAGCUCGUCGACAGGGCGGCCCCGCGCCCCUCCCUCAGAGAGCAUGGGAGCCCCGAGUGACGAUGAAGGAGAGGGCUUCGCAGACGACCAGAUCCCGAACAAGGCAAGGCCGAAUGACCCUACCAAUAUCCCGCGGGUCGAGGACCGUGUCGGUCUGGCGAUUCAGGAACAUUUCGAAAACUUCAUCGAGGGAUUCAUUGAGGAUCCUACUUCUUCAGGCGCUCCCACAUCCAGCGCCGUUACCACAGACAAGUACUACGUUGCUCAGAUCCAUGGGAUGCGAACAUACCAGCUGUCGACCUUUUAUGUCGACUACAAGCACCUCGCGUCAUGGCACAAUGGCGGCCUGGCAGAUGGUAUCACACAGAACUACUACCGAUUCCUACCCUUUUUGACCUCCGGCCUCCACAACAUGAUCGCCAAGUACGAGCCACAGUACUUCCGCGAACAUCGCCAGCCCACCGCCUCUAGCAACCAGACCAACUCCAGCGCCAGUAAUGCUGGGACAGCGAGCCAGUCUGAGAUGAGCAGCAAGACCAGCAAUCAACAGACGGAUAAGCUGUUCUCCGUCGCCAUCUACAACCUCCCGCUCGUCUCGCGUGUUCGUGCGUUGCGCGCCGGCAACAUUGGCCAGCUACUCUCCAUCUCUGGUACGGUCACCCGAACCUCCGAGGUGCGGCCUGAACUGUCCCUUGCAACAUUCGUGUGCGAGGCCUGCCGCAACGUCGUUCCCAAUGUCGAGCAGACUUUCCGCUACACGGAACCCACACAAUGUCCCAACAAUACUUGCAAUAACCGCAUUGCAUGGCAACUCGAUAUUCGCCAGAGCACGUUCGUCGACUGGCAAAAGGUGCGCAUCCAGGAGAACAGUUCAGAGAUUCCUACCGGUAGCAUGCCGCGGACCAUGGACGUCAUUCUCCGUGGUGAGAUUGUCGACCGCGCCAAGGCAGGUGAGAAGUGCAUCUUCACUGGUGCUCUGAUCGUCGUCCCAGAUGUCAGUCAGCUCGGCCUCCCAGGCAAGUCAGUCACUGCAAUCAGAGAUGACAGGAAUGCACCGCGUGGCGGUGAUGCUGGUGGUACUGGUGUGUCCGGACUGAAGGCUCUGGGUGCCAGGGAUCUUACCUACCGUCUGGCCUUCCUGGCCUGCAUGGUCACCCCUGACACAACCAACCUGGGUGGGGGUGUAUCUGAUAUCAUCUCUUCACUCACCCAGGCGGCGACCCUGGACUCUACCGAGUCCGCUCAAGAGGCCCAGGAGGCAGUUCUUGCAUCAUUCGGCCCCUCUGAGAUUGACGACCUGCGUCAAAUGGUCCACAGCGAUCGUAUCUACUCAAGACUAGUGAACUCACUCGCGCCCACAGUAUACGGCCACGAGAUUGUCAAGAAGGGUCUCCUCCUACAACUCAUGUCCGGUGUUCACAAAUCCACAGCUGAGGGCAUGCAACUUCGUGGCGACAUCAACAUCUGCAUCGUUGGCGAUCCGUCAACAUCUAAGUCCCAAUUCCUGAAAUAUGUCUGCUCCUUCGCCCCUCGCUCAGUCUACACCAGUGGCAAGGCAUCUUCUGCUGCCGGUCUUACAGCUGCCGUUGUCAAGGACGAGGAAACAGGCGAGUUCACCAUCGAGGCUGGAGCCCUAAUGCUUGCGGACAAUGGUAUUUGCGCCAUUGACGAGUUCGACAAGAUGGACAUUGCCGACCAGGUAGCUAUCCACGAAGCUAUGGAACAGCAGACAAUCAGCAUCGCCAAGGCCGGUAUCCAAGCGACUCUGAACGCCCGCACGUCCAUCCUAGCAGCCGCCAACCCAGUUGGAGGCCGGUACAACCGCAAGACGACACUACGUGCCAACAUCAACAUGAGCGCACCCAUCAUGUCUCGUUUCGACCUGUUCUUCGUCGUUCUUGACGAGUGCAACGAGCAGGUCGACCGCCAUCUGGCCGAGCACAUCGUCGGCCUCCACCAGCUGCGCGACGCCGCCAUCGAGCCAGAGUUCAGCACCGAGCAGCUGCAGCGGUACAUCCGGUUCGCACGCACCUUCCGGCCCGAGUUCACCGACGAGGCCAAGGAGGUGCUGGUCGAGAAGUACCGCGAGCUGCGCAACGACGACUCGCAGGGCGGCGUGGGCAAGAACAGCUACCGCAUCACGGUGCGCCAGCUCGAGAGCAUGAUCCGCCUGUCCGAGGCGAUCGCCAAGGCCAACUGCGUCGAGGAGAUCAGCCCGGACAUGGUCAUCGAGGCGUCCAACCUCCUCCGCCAGAGCAUCAUCUCCGUCGAGCACGACGACGUCGAGAUGGACGAGGAGGACGACAUCUCGCCCGAGGACAGCGAGGCGCUCCGCCGUGCGGCUGACGAGGCUUCUGGCGCUGCGGCUAAUAACGACGGCGACUCGCCGAUGGCCGAGGAGCAGGAUGACGAGGCGCAGGAGGGCGAGCAGGUGCGCGAGAAGCGGAAGCAGACUAUCUCGUACGAGAAGUACAUCGCCAUGGUGAACUCGUUUGUGCAGAGAGUCGCGGACGACGAGGCUGGCAGCGGCGAGGGCGUUGACGGUGAGGCGCUGACUCAGUGGUACCUUGAGCAGAAGGAGGACGAGCUCCAAGGCGAGGAGGACUACCACCACGAGCUUGCGCUUGCGAAAAUGGUUCUCAAGAAGAUGGUCAAGGACAACAUUCUCAUGGCAAUCCGUGGCCAAGGCAUGGCUGGUGACGACGAUGCUGCAGACAGUUCCGCCGCACAGGCAGACAACAUUGUCUAUGUGCUGCACCCCAAUUGUGCGAUUGAGGAGUUCUAA